CGGGGCGGUACCUGGCCCGCGGGGGGCGGGGCCGCGGACGCUCCCCCUUCCCCCGGCUCCAACCCGCGCAGGCAGCGGCGGCGGCAGCAGAAGCGCCGCGGCCCCGCGAGGCCAUGAAGGUGAAGAAGGGCGGCGGCGGGGCCGGGACGGGGGCGGAGCCCGCUCCAGGGGCCUCGGGCCCGAGCUUGGAACCCACGCCGGAGCCGCAGGCGGAAUCCGAAUCCGGGUCCGAGUCGGAGCCUGAGGCAGGCCCGGGGCCCAGGUCGGGGCCGCUGCAGAGGAAGCAGCCGAUCGGGCCGGAGGACGUGCUGGGGCUGCAGCGGAUCACGGGCGACUACCUCUGCUCCCCCGAGGAGAAUAUCUACAAGAUCGACUUUGUCAGGUUUAAGAUUCGGGACAUGGACUCAGGCACUGUCCUCUUUGAAAUCAAGAAGCCCCCAGCCUCAGAGCGGUUGCCCAUCAACCGACGGGACCUGGACCCCAAUGCUGGGCGCUUUGUCCGUUACCAGUUCACGCCUGCCUUCCUCCGCCUGAGGCAGGUGGGAGCCACGGUGGAGUUCACAGUGGGAGACAAGCCUGUCAACAACUUCCGCAUGAUCGAGAGGCACUACUUCCGCAACCAGCUACUCAAAAGCUUUGACUUCCACUUCGGCUUCUGCAUUCCCAGCAGCAAGAACACCUGCGAGCACAUCUACGACUUCCCCCCGCUCUCUGAGGAGCUGAUCAGCGAGAUGAUCCGUCACCCGUACGAAACACAGUCUGACAGCUUCUACUUCGUGGAUGAUCGGCUGGUGAUGCACAAUAAAGCAGACUAUUCCUACAGCGGGACCCCCUGACCCCCAAAACCACCCCCUGCCCCAGGAGGCUCUGGUCCUGGGCCCUGAGCUGUGACCUCCCCAGCACUCACCUCUCAACCCCUGGGCUUCUGCUUGGGGGUUGCUCCAGGAGCCCCGGCCACAGAGUCAGCGUUGGGAGGAAGGGUGCGUGGUAUCCCCAGUCCAAGCCCGUGAAGCCCAGGGGGCCUGGCACGUAGGGUGGGUGGUGGGGGCGCUGUAUGCCUCCAUGUCCAAGAAGGCCUGUGACAGGAGUAGCCAGGACUUCUGGACAGCUUAGCUGGGCUCUCUCGGGCCCAAGAUUCAGAAUAGUGUUCCCCUAUCCAGGCUGUGACUAGGUCAGGGCAGGGAUCCAUUCUCUGUUCCCUGCCCGCCACCUUCAGGCCAUUUAGAGUUGUCAAUUUACAAAGAUCCAUGGUGCCCUGGCCCCAGCCCCCUGCCCCAGCCUCCCCCAUAAGGGCCGAGACACUGCCUGAGGUGUGGGCGGGAGGGCCCGGGUUGCAGCCUGUGGUAGGAGCUGGACCAACUGUACAUAGUUUUCAAUAAACUUUCUCCUUUUCUGUU